AUGACGGGGUCUGGAAAGACGACUUUUAUUGCCAAUGCGACCGGGCGGACCGACCUUCAGAUCGGUCACACUCUCACUUCAUGCACCCAAGAGAUACAAAUCAUCGAGACCACAAUUGACGGUCGUACUGUCCGCUUUGUCGACACUCCGGGCUUCUCCGACACCUAUCUGUCAGAUACUGAAGUCCUCGAAAUGAUUGCAGACUACCUGUCGGCAGGCUACUCCAAGGAAAUGCGCCUGUCGGGCAUCAUCUACCUCCAUCCCAUCUCAGACAAUCGUGUCACGCAUCACGCCACCAAGAACCUUGACAUGUUCCGAAAACUCACCGGCGAGAAGAACCUCAAGAAUGUCAUUCUAGCGACCAGCAUGUGGGAUAAAGUGAGCCCAGAGGAGGGACUGAACCGCGAGCGGGAACUACAAGGCAACUUCUGGAGCGUCUUCAUGGCCUUUGGCGCUCAAUACUGUCGCCAUGAUGCCUCAGCGCAAUCCGCCAAAAAGAUUGCAUCCAUGCUCAUGGACAACGAGCCCUUCUUCCUCGAGCUGCAAGAGGAAAUGGGAAAAGACAACAAAGCACUCAAAGACACCGCCGCUGGACGAGAAAUUAUGAGCCAGCUCUCACAGCUAAAGGAGCAGCAACAGAAGGAGCUUGCUGAGAUGAAGGAGAUGCUU